AAAAAAAGCGGCAAACCAACCUUUCAUUGGAGUUCAACAAAGAGAAGAUCACAUCGAAACGAUGCCCGCUAAUAAACUCCGUCAGAGAGCUGACGGGUAUCGAUAAAAGUGCAGUUUUCAGACACUGCAGCUCUUCAAUCGGGUCUUCAACGCCGGAGAUUUCCUCCAGCAAACUCUCGAUGGAGGCAGCCAUCAUUGGCACUGUUUACAUGAGAACCUACAUUAGCUAGCAGCCAAUAGUAUAGCUUAGCUUCCUACAAACCGGAGCUAUUCUUCUUCAUUACCAUUUGACGGUUGCAUGACAGACACCCCAGUUUCAAAGAAGAAAGUGGAGACACUGUCUGUCAACUUGUAUUCUUCGAGGUUCUAAGUUGCUGCUGCGCCUUGAGAAAGAAGAACAUUAUUCAAGACAUGCAGUGCUUUCUGUUCAAGCUAACUACGCACCAGUGGUGCUUCCUUCUCUUCAAUGUGCUGCUUUUUCAUGCGCUGCUAUUUGGCGCCGACUUUGUGGAAGAGUAUCUUCUUCAGUCUACACCUGGACUCUACAUCGAAGGCCAGGUUCUGGAUGUAAGGGAGAAAGCGAGGAAGUUGGAUCUUGGCAACAUCAGGGAGAAUGUAUCCCAAGCCUACCCAAUCUCCAACUGUGAUGCCUGCACAGCAUCUGACAUCUUCCUGCUUGCUGUGAUCUUCAGCUCACCUCUUAAUACUUCCCAAAGAGAUGCGAUCAGGAGGACGUGGGCCAAUCAAACACGAGUGCAAGGUGUUUCAUUGCGGGUUCUUUUCUUCAUAAGCUCAGCUGACACUUCUUUGCGUGAUACUCUUAUAGUAGAGUCUAACAUCCACAAGGACAUGAUCCAAGUCCAGGCAGUGACUGACUCACCCAUGCAUGACCCAAUAGAAAGAACCGUGCUGGCGCUCGGAAGGUCAUCACCACAGAAGGUGAUGACCCACUUCUGUCCCAGGGCACGCUUUGUUCUCCUGACGCACGACAAUGUGUUUGUGAACCUCCCUGCCAUUGGGGGUUACCUGCUAGGUUUACACAGGCACCCUGAAGACCUCUAUCUGGGACGUGUGAUCCAGGGUGAGUUCCCCAACAGGAACCCGUCCAGCCCUGGCUACAUUCCUCCAGGGCUCUACCCCGGCAAGUACUUGCCUAACUACUGCGAUGGGACAUCCUACGUUCUGUCCCAAGACGUGGUCUGAAAAGUGUACGUCGCAUCUGCAUCGGUCCAUGUCUUUCUCGGUUUUUGUGCUCAGAAAGCUGGCGUAGUGCCGACCCACAGCGCUUGCUUCUCAGGAUAGAAACACAUCCACUAUAAUGUUUGCUGUUAUCGUUACAUGUUCAGCUCAGCAGAGAUGACGAAGCAGGAGCUAGAGAGGGUGUGGUCGGACCUGGGGCGGAAGGCUGAUGGGAAGUGCUCCAUUUUCCAGACCUACUAUGGCCUUGUGACCUGCAAGGCACUCACAUACCUGGAUACGUUAUCUCAUAUCCUCAACUCCUAA